AUGGUCAUGAUCUUGGAUUGCGGCGGAGUGCUUUCCAGCACUGAUUCCAAGGUCAAACAAGAUGGACUGACGAUUUGGAAGGCGGCGCAGCCAGGGGCAUGGGCUUUUCUGCGGUGCUUCUGGGCCAAAUAUGGUCGGGACAAAUUGCACGUGAUUUCACGUGUCAACGCCCCCAACAAUGCACAGCACUGGGUGAUUCGCUUUUGCCAAGCAAUGCAGAUGGACACUGAGAAUGUGCACUUGGUCCGACAUGCAGCCGACAAAGGUGAAGUCUCAAAGAACCUCCGCGCCACCAACGCUGUUGAAGACAGCACCCUAUGUCUCUACCACAUGACCUUCGCCAACCACGUGAAUUGGAAGUACGGGAUUUUGUUCGACAAGCACUGGAGAAGCACCAAUAAGCCAUAUGACGGUUGGUGCAAAGCCAAAACAGUGCUCAACCCGAACAAAGCCUGGGACGAAAUUGCGAAAGGGACGAAUUGUUGGCCAGGCCCAAAAAUUUGGGAUACCCAGGUGAAAAAUGGGCCACCCUACGCUGAGGCCAGUGACGCAGUAGCUGACGGGGCGCUGCGGCAACACUAUUUUGAUGGAGAUUCUGACGGCAAUACUUAUAGCUAUGACUAUGAGUACACAGAUGACGAGGGCUCUGAUGCGCCGGCUGCUUCUGCCGACCAAGGACCUAUGGCUGAUUCGGCCAACACGUCAAAGGAUGUGGAGCCCGAUCAAGAAACGGCUGCUUCGGCCGGACACACUACAGCUGCUGCGGCUGGCCAAACUGAAGAUCAGGCUGCGGGUGAAACUCCGCCCACAGCCGAACAGAGCCCACGUCUCCAGUCUCCGCCUGCGCCAGAAAGUGAACCUCCGGUUUUACACCAACAUGUUCAUGCCAAGGGCAAGCCGGAGCCUUCCAGACUAACCUUGACUCCAGGUCCGGGCGCCCGUAUGACACAGGAUGACGAGGGCCCUGUGGAUCGGGAGGACUUCAAUGACGUUGUCUCAGCUGUUCGAGACCUCACUGGGGAGGCGCGCACCUUGGCAGAAAAACUCCGGGAACAACAACGCAGUGGACAUCGUUCUGCCGACUCAGGCUGGCGGUCUCGAAAGAGGCAACGGGCUGCUGAUUAUCGUGCUUCAGGAGGCUGUGCUGCCAAUCGGAUGCUUGUCAGCAGCAUGGACGCCGCUGACUAA